AUGGAUGAAAAGAAUAAUCCAGAUGAUGAAAAAAAAAGUGAAAUUAUAAAAAAAGCAAAUAAUGAUAUAGAUAAAAAUAAUGAAGAAAUAAAUGAAGAGAACAAUAAAAGCUCAAAUAUAUGCAUCAUAAGUUCAUAUAAUAAUGAAACACAUAUUAUGAAGAAUGAAGAAAAUGAUAAAUAUGGAAAUAUAAUAAAAUAUAAUAUAAAGGACAUACCAUUGAGACAAAAUAAUUAUUAUAUUGAUAAAAAUAUAAAACCUAACAACAUAUGUAAUGAUAUAAUAAUUAAUAAUGUUGAUGUAUCUGAAUAUAUACCUAAAAAUGACACAUCGAAUGUUAAUAUGAAUCAUUUAUCUUUCUCAAUAAAUACAAAAAAAAAUGAUAAUAUAAAUAAUAAUGAUAGUUGUUAUAAUUAUAAAACAAGUGAUAAAUACAGGUCGUCACUAGAUAGGAAUAAUAAAAAUUAUUGUAAACAAAAUUGUAAUAUUUUAAAUAUUUCUAAAGAGAAUAUAAAUGAAAAAUAUGAUGUAAAUAAGAACGAUUAUAUAUCCCUUGUCAAACAUGAGGAGGAGGAAAAGAUAAAAAAUAAUGUGAAUACACAAAAUGAUUAUGAAUUUUUAUACAAUAUGGAUAAUAUAAAAUUAACAGGAACAUCUGUUAUAUUAACAAAUGAAAAUUCAAAAUAUAUUUAUAAGUUAAUUCCUUUUUUUAAAAAUGGAGAAGCACAUUUUUAUACAAAAGUGUCUGAAGCAUACAAUGAUAUAUAUAAAAAGGGAAAAAAAAAAAAAACACCUUUACAGGAUAUUGAAAUGGAUAAUAAUAAAAAUAAAAAUAUUCAUAAUAUUGAUGAUAAUAAUAAUAUAUAUUAUAAUUGCAAUUAUUAUAAUUUGUGUGAAUAUGCAGAUAUGCUUUUUACAAUGGAUUAUAUAUAUAACCUUUUUCUUGAAACACAAAAAAAAUGUAUAGAAGAUAAUAGUGGCAAAAAUAUAUUUUUCUCUUUAUUUAAUAAGAGAAAUAAUAUAUCCAUUGUACAUAAUAAAAUAAACAAUCCAUCGAAUGUUGGAUUAGAUGUAUGUAAUACAUAUGAAGAGUUUAAUAAAUUAUCAUUUGAAGAAAAGUAUUAUCAUACAAUUUUGUGUGAACCUAUAAAAAAAUUAUAUACAUCAGAAAAAAAAAACAUAAAUAUUUAUAAUAUAUUAAAUGAAAAUAAUUAUAAUUUAAAAACAUGUGAUUGUAAAAAAAAAUGUGAUGAAUUAUCAUCAUGUAAUGAUAAAACAGUGGCUGUAGUUAAGUGUUGUCAAAAUAAAAUUUAUGAAAAAUUCAUAUUAUCUCUUCUAGUUAAAUAUAAAUUAAUUCCUCAAUAUUUUGAUUUGGUUCAGGUAGCUAAAUGUAUACAAAAUGAAAAAAAUAAAAUAAAUGUAAAAGAAGAUAUAAAUAUUAAAAUGUAUACAAAUGUACAACCAAUUAAUCAAAUUAAACAAAAAUUAAAUAAUACAAAUAAUGAAGAUAAUAUAAAUAAUAUAAAUAAUAUAAAUAAUACAUAUAAUACAAAUCAUCAACAUAAUGAUGUAUUUAUUAAACUUGAAAAAAAUAGUACAACCAAAAAUAAUCCUUAUGAAGAUAUUCAUUCAAUGAACAAAAUUGAUUAUAAUAAAAAUAAAUGCAUAUCAAAUAAUGAUCAGGAAAUAUGGAAAGUGUACAAUGAAAAAUGUAAAAAUAAUCAUGAUAUUAAUAUUCAUUCAUCUCUUAAGUUAGAGAAAUUAUGCCAUAAUAUUAAAUCUUCUAAUCAACAAAUAAUAGAUUUAAAACUUGGUUAUAAUACAGUAAUUGAUAAUGAUCUAACAUUUAAUAAAGAUUUAUUAAAUGAUAGUCAUUCUGUAGAUUGGAAUUUAAAAGAAUAUUAUGUAGAUAAAUGGUCGCAAAUGAAAAAAGAUAUAAGAAAGAAAUUUACAACGACCAAUAUUAGUGAUCAACAUAUUAUAGAUUUGUGUUCAAAAGAUUUAAAUUUACCAACAUGUUUUGAUAAAUAUAAUAAUAAGGAUAUUUAUGCCUUAUUAAAAUCCUGGAGACAAAGUGUUACAUCUUUUAAAUCAACACAAAGAAAUUUAGGAUUUAGAAUAUGUACAUUAAUACAACAUAUAAAUUAUUCAGACCUAUUAAAUGAUGAUCAAGUAAAAAUACAGUAUUCACAAUUUGCCCAAAAUAAUUGUUUAUUCGAAAAAAAUAAUAUAUUAAAUACUCAAACAAAUACAUUGAAAAAAUAUUCAGAAUUAAACAAAAUAGAAAUAAAAGAUUGUUAUGAUCAUGUAACGAAAAAAUUAAAAAUUAAUAGACACCUUGGUUUUUCUUUACGUGAAGAUCAAGUUAUAUAUUUCUUAUCAAUUUUUUUAAAAAAAAUUGUACAUUUAAUUUUACCACAAUUAUUAAAUUUAAAAAUAUGGUUAGAACAACAAUCUUUAUAUUCUUUUUGUUCAACAUCAUUAUUAAUAAUAUAUGAUAAAAAUAAACCAUCCUUCUGUGAUAUUAAAUGGAUUGAUUUUACAUAUUCUUUAGAAAACAAGUCCAAUUUGAAGCUAUACCCUUUAAAUAAUACAAAACUUAAUAUGGACAUUAUUUAUGGAUUAAAUAAUUUAAUUAAAUUGUGUAGAACUAUAUUUUUUAGUAAUAUUAUACCCCAAACUGUUAAAAAUAAUGGCAAAAGUAAAAGGGAAGAAUGA